UCGAACCGAAAGAAGGGUAAAGAUGGCGGCGAUCAUGCAGCAAAUAUUGGAGCGGUCGGAGAUAAGUAAACUCCCAAAAGCCGUUCAAAACAAACUCGAGAAGUUUUUAUAUGAUCAGCAAUCUGAGAUAGAUUCUCUCAAGUCACAUCACGAGAGAUUUAGAGUUGACAGCGAGCAACAGUACUUUGAGGUUGAGAAACGGCUGUGCCAAAGUCAGGACCAGUUUGUGUUACAAACACAGGAUCAUCACAAACUCAAAGAGGAGUUCACCAAGCUCAGUGAAGAAUUGAAGACAUUGAAAGAAAAGAACAAAGAACAUGAAGAAUUGGAAGAUAAUUUUUCUUCCCAACAGAGCCAGCUCUCCAAAGCUAAAUAUGAGCUUGAGUCAGAAAAACGGGAACUUGUGCAUAUGCUUGAGAAGCGAUCCCAAGAAGUGGAGCAUCUUAACGAGGACCUGAAACGCCUCAGUGACAAACUUGUUGAGACCAAUGCUGCAAAGGUGGAGCUCCAGCUGAAACUGGAUGAGCUCCAGUCCUCUGAGGUUUCUAUCAAGUACAGAGAAAAGCGAAUGGAGCAGGAGAAAGAUCUUGUCCAGAGCCAGAACACAUGGCUGAACACUGAGCUGAAGACCAAAAGCGAGGAGCUGCUUUCCCUCUCCAGAGAGAAGGGCAAUGAGAUCCUGGAGCUCAAAUGUAAUCUGGAGAACAGAAAGGAAGAGCUGGCCAGACUUCAAGACCAAGUGACCAGCCUGAAGGCUUCCAAUGAGAACCUACAGAAGCAAACGGAGGAUUUGAUCAACAAGCUUAAAGAGGGAAAAGAGCAACAAGCCAGUAUGGAGGAAAAGUUCCGCAAUGAGCUGAAUGCUCAUAUUAAGCUGUCAAACUUAUACAAGGGUGCAGCAGAAGACUCUGAGUCAAAGAGUGAGGAGCUGGCUCGUGCUGUGGAGGAACUCCACAAGCUGCUGAAGGAGGCAGGAGAGGCCAACAAGGCCUCUGAAGAAAGUCUGCUGGAAAUGAAGGAAUCCAAAGAUAAGAUUGAAGUGGAGCUGAAUGACAAGAUCCGUAACUUUGAGAAGGAGCUGGACAAUGCCAAUGAGCUUCUCUCCGAUUCCAAACGCCGAGGGAUAGAUGUGCUUACCGAAGAGCAGCUGACCACAAUGUCCCCGACUGCGGCCGCUGUGGCUAAGAUCGUGAAGCCUGGCAUGAAACUAACAGAGCUGUACAGUGCCUAUGUGGAUGCGCAGGAUCAGCUGCAGAUGGAGAGAUUGGAGAACAAGCGGGUGAAUAAGUACCUGGACGAGAUUGUGCAGGAGGUGGAGGCCAAGGCGCCUCUACUGAAACGGCAGCGGGACGAGUUUGAGCGUGUGCAAAAGUCAGUCGCCAGCCUCUCCUCCAAGCUGGAGCAAGCCAUGAAGGAAAUCGGUCGCCUCCAGAAAGAGGCUGACGAGGCCAACCAGCGCGCCUCUGUGCUGGAUAGGGACAACCAGAGGUUUGAGCUGCAGCUUGGUGACCUGUCUCAGCAGGUCCGGGUUUUGCUGAUCGAGCUGGAGGAGGCCCGGGGGAACCAUGUGAUCCGAGACGAGGAGGAGGUGAGCUCCGCUGACAUCAGCAGCACCUCUGAGGUCAUCUCCCAGCGCCUGGUCACCUUCCGCGGUGUGGAGGAGCUGCAGCAGCAGAACCAGCGCCUCCUGGUGGCCCUGAGAGAGCUGGGGGAGGCUCAAGAGAAGGAGGAAAUGGAAGCCACGUCUUCAAGGAGGUCCGAGCUGGAGCUGAGUCUGGACAAGGUGCAGAGCGAGCUGGAACAGCUCCGAGAACAGCGGAGUCACCAGAUGCAGCUGACCGAGUCCAUCGCCCGGCAGAGGGACAUGUACCGCAUCCUGCUGGCCCAAACCACUGGGGUCAGCUUCCCAACACAAGGUGUGGCACCAGAAGAGUUCUCCCUGACCUCCACCCCUCGCCGCUCCCCUGCGGUCACCCCCACUGCAGCCGCACCGGUGCAGGUCACUGCGGUGGAGUCCACUGAGGCUGCCGAGGCCAAGGCUGCGCUCAGACAGCUUCAAGAGGUGUUCACAACAUACAAGAAAGAAAAGGCUGAGAAUGACAAGAUGCUCAAUGAGCAAAACGAGAAGCAGCAGGAGCAGGUCUCUGAACUCCGCGCUCAAAACGCCAAGAUAUCCACACAGCUGGAAUUUGCCUCUAAACGGUAUGAAAUGCUUCAGGACAAUGUGGAAGGGUACCGCCGUGAGAUAGCAUCGCUUCGGGAAAAGAGCCAGAAAGCUACAGCCACUACACAGAAACAGGAAGAGAUCAUCCACACCAUGACCCAAGACCUGCGUGCAGCCAGUGAAAGGCUGGCCAUGGCUGAGGCCCGCUGUGAGAACCUGAGGAAGGAGCGGGACAUGCUCAAGAUGGCGGAGUCCCGGCUGAGCCAGGAGAAGGAAUCCAUCCUUGCUGAGCAGCGUGGCCAGAACAUGCUGCUCACUAACCUCAAGGCCAUACAGUUAACUUUGGAGCGCUCAGAGACCGAGACCAGACAGCGCCUCAACAAUCAGAUCGAGAAGCAGGAGCGCGAGAUCAGCCAGCUGCAGAAGAGACUGGAGCACGAGGUGGAGCAGAGACACCUUCUGGGGCGAAACCAGGAUCUGCAGCUGAUGGAUGCUAAGAAGCAGUUGGAGGCCCAGAAUUCCUUACACCAGAAGACCAAAGAUCUGCUGAAGGCUGCCCAGCAGGAGGUCGGCAGUCUGCGUCAGCAGCUCAACAGCGCAGAGGACCAGCUGACCCCUACAUCACCGGGCUCAGCCCUCAGAGGACUGCGUGGGUCAGACCAGGACAUCGAGGAGGUCCGCGCCCGUCUGAGGCAGGCCGAGGAGCAGUCUGGGGACAUGAAGGAACGUCUGAAGAGCGCCUCCAACAACGUGGAGCAGUACAGGGCUAUGGUGCUCAGUCUGGAGGAGUCCCUCAGCAAGGAGAAGCAAGUGACCGAGCAGGCUCGCACCACCAUCGAGAGCCGUCUGAAGGAGGCCCAGGAGUACCACAGGCAGCUGGAGAAGAAGCUUCUAGACACUGAGAAGGAGAAACAGGGCCUGCAGGAGGAGAAGCGCAAAGCCGUGGUGAACCUGGAACAGCAGGUGAACGAGUUGACGAAGAACCUGGGCGCCCUGCAGACUGAGCUCCAGGAGGCUCUGCAGAGGGCCACUGUGGCUGCCAGCCAUGAGCAGCAGGCCAUCCAGGACAGCCAGCAGCAGGCCGCGCUGGCUGCGGAGGCCCAGCAGAAGUACGAGAGCGAGCUGAUGCUGCACGCCGCUGACGUGGAGACCCUCCAGACCGCCAAGAAGCAGGUGCAGCAGGUGUCCCAGAUGAGGGAGGCGCUGGAGGAGAGGGCCCAGAGGGCCAGCGCACAGCUGCUGGAGGCGCGGGUCUCCUGGGAGGAGCAGGAGCGCAUGCUGAAGGAAGAGACGUCCAAGAUGCUGUCCCGUGCGGAGGACCUGCAACAGCAGAACGGCCUCCUCCACGAGCAGAUCGAGAGCCUGAGCAACAAGAUGAUGGCGUCUGUUCAGCAAGCCACCCGGGAGAGCCCCCUCAACAUCUCCCUGACCGAGGAAGGCAAGAGUCAGGAGCAGAUCCUGGAGAUCCUCAGGUUUGUACGACGGGAGAAGGAGAUUGCGGAGACCAGGUUUGAGGUGGCCCAGGUGGAGAGCCUGCGCCACAGACAGAGGGUGGAGCACCUGGAGCGGGAGUUGAAGGAGCUGCAGGACAGCUUGAACGCCGAGCGGGAGAGAGUGCAGGUGACGGCCAAGACCUUGGCCCAGCACGACGAGCUGAUGAAGAAGACCGAGACCAUGAACGUCCUGGUGGAGACCAACAAGAUGCUGCGUGAGGAGAAGGAGCGGCUGGAGAAGGAGCUGCAGCAGACACAAGCUAAGGUGUGCACGCUGGAGGCGGACCUCAUGCCGAUGCAGGAGUCCAACGCGGAGCUGAGCGAAAAGAGCGGGAUGCUGCAGGCAGAGAAGAAGCUCCUGGAGGAGGACAUCAAGCGCUGGAAGGCCAGGACGCAGCACCUGGUGAGCCAGCAGAAGGACACUGACCCAGAGGAGUACAAGAAGCUGCACUCCGAGAAGGAGGCCCACCUGAAGCGCAUCCAGCAGCUGACCGAGGACACUGCCCGACUGAAGGCAGAGAUCGCCCGGAGUACCGCAUCCAACACCACCAUGCAGAGUCAGGUUCACAACCUCCGAGAGAACCUGGGCAAGGUGACCUCCGAGAGGGACAAGCUGAAGAAGGAGCUGGAGGACAAGCUGUUGGACAUCCAGGAGAAGGGCAAGACCAUCACGCAGGUCAAGAAGAUUGGCCGCCGAUACAAAACGCAGUACGAAGAGCUCAAAGUGCAGUACGACAAGAUGGUGGCUGAAGCUGCUGCCAAGCCAGCGCAGGAGCAGGAAGCACAGCAGGCUUCAGUCCAGGAGAUCCAGGCCCUGAAGGACAGUCUCAGCCUGGCAGAGGCCAAGACCAGAGAGAUGGAGGCCCAGGUGGAGAACGUGCAGAAGGUGGUGGGCGAGCGCGAGGCCGAGGUGAGGAGUUUGCAGGAGCAGGUGAACAGGCUGCAGCCGGAGCUGGCCCGACUCAAGCAGGAGCUGCAGGAGAAAUCUGUGCAGGAGGAGCAGCUGCGCCAGCAGAUGACCGAGAAGGAGGAGAAGACCAAGAAGGCCUUCUUGGGCGCCAAGCAGAAGAUCAGCCAGCUUGUUGGUCUGAAGGAACAGCUGUCGAAGGAGAACGAGGAGCUGAAGCAGCAGAGGGAGGAGCUGGAGGUGCGCACAGGUGCCCUAAAGUCGCAGUACGAGGGGCGUAUCUGCAGGCAGGAGCGUGAGCUGCGUGAUCUUCGGGAGCAGCAGGAGAGGCACAGCGAGCAGCGGGAUGAACCCCCGGAGCAGGGGCCCAGCAAGGUUCAGGAGCAGCAGAGACCUGUGGAGCAGAGGCAGAUCUCCCUGAAGACCACGCCAGCAACGGACAGGGGCAGCGCAAGCACUUCGGAUCCGCCCACAGCCAACAUAAAACCCACCCCGUUGGUAGCGACCCCCAGCAAACCCCCCGCCAUACCUGGGAACAAGUCCACCCCCAGGGCCAGCAUCCGACCCAUGACCGUCACCACCCCCACUCCCACAGCCACGGUCAUGCCCACCACCCAGGUGGAGACGCAGGAAGCCAUGCAGUCCUCGGAGGGCCCCGUAGAGCAUGUAACCGUUUUCGGCAGCGCCAGUGGCUCGGUGCGCUCCACCAGCCCCAACGUGCAGACCACUCUGUCGCAGCCCAUCCUCACCCUGCAGCAGCAGACCCAGGCCACCGCCUUCGUCCAGCCCACCCAGCAGAGCCUGCCUCCAGUGGAGCCGGCCGCCCAGGAGCCAGCCCCCAGCGUGAUGGAGGCGGUACCAAGCACCCAGAUGGAGAGGCCCUCCACCUCCACAGCCGACUUUGGUGCAGUUUCAGCCACACCGGGAACCUCUGUGCCCAAACGACCUCGGGAUGAGGAGCAAGAGAGCUCCGCCGACAACACGGAGACGACACAGGAGGACUCCUCGGAGCCCCCCAUCCCCAAGAAGCUGCGUAUCAUCCAGAGGGUGGGCCCAGAGGAGGAGGUUGUGGUGGAGGACAGCAAUGAGACAGACAUAGAGGUUCCUGGAGAGAGUCAGGAAGCCCCAGAUGCUGGCCAGAUGUCUGUAGAGGAGGACUUUCCCACACUGGAGGAGGGCGAGGAGGAGGUUGUGCCUUUGGAAAUGACCAUGACCAUGUACAACACAGACCUCCAGCUCAGCGACCAGGGCUCCCCCGAAGAGCAGCAGGAGGAAGUCAUCGUCAUCGGCACGGACAGCGAGAGUGAGGAAGAGGAGGAGGAGGAAGAGGUAGGAGACCAGGAGUAUGAGGAAGAUGAGGAGGAGGAGGAAGAUGAGGAGGAUGAAGACGAAGACGACGACGUCGGGAUGGGCGACGAGGGGGAGGAGAGCAAUGAGGGGAGCGGUAGCGGGGACUGUAACGAGCCGUACGAGGGGGAGGACACAGAGGGGGCCGAGGCCACCGACCCAGGGACCGAGAACGAGGAAAGCCUGGGAGCCACCGACUCGGGCCAGAGACUGGCCGACUCCCAGAUGCCCAGCUGUGAGGGGAGCAGCAGCACCACAGAGUCCUUCUCUUCCGAGCCCCCCAGGGAGCAGCCGGCCCCGCGUCUGCCGCAGUCGCCACGGAGACCGCCGCACCCCCUGCCCCCCCGUCUGAACAUCCACCCUCCUCCGGCCCCGGAGCUGGGGCCACCCGCUCAGGUGCCACGCAUCCCUGUGCGCCGGCAGUCCGAGGGCCGCGGGCUCCAGCUCACGCCGGGGAUCGCCGGAAGCACGCACUUCUUCAACGACGACGACAGGAUGGUCCCGAGCACACCCACCCUCGUCGUGCCCCAUCGCACAGACGGAUUUGCCGAGGCCAUCCACUCUCCCCAAGUGCCCGGCGUUCCCAGAUUCCGGUUUGGCCCUCCUGAGGACAUGCCGCAGGCCAGCUCUUCCCAUUCGGACCUGGGACAGCUGGCUUCCCAAGGUGGUCUGGGAAUGUAUGAAAGUCCCCUGUUCCUUGCCGCGCAUGAGGAGGAGUCAGGGGGCCGCAGCGUACCCACCACACCCCUGCAGGUCAUGGCCCCUGUGACCAUCUUCACUGAGACCCACCCCGCAGACGUACCAGAGACCGCCUCCCAGUCUGUUCCCAUGGUGACCACGACCACGUCCACGCCAGGCCUUUCGGCCACAGGGGACCCCAGUCCAGGCGACGAGAGGGAUGAAGUUUUCAUGGAAGCGGAAAGUGAAGGGACCACUGUGGAGGCCUCUCUGGAGCCAGAGGGUCAGGCUGAGAUGGAGGAGCCACCACAGCCCUCAGACGACGCCGGCCUCUCCUCCACCAACCAGGACCCGUCCUCCAGCUCCACCGACAUGAGCAGCAGCCAGCCCAAAGCCUCCAGGCCGGGACCCAGCCGGCAGCUCCAGCGCUGGACAGAGAGCCAGGGGAGGCACGUCAAGAGAGGUGUGAUGGGGGUAAGAGGCCGCUUCUGCAGGUGAAGAACACGUGUGACCAUCUUCUCUGCACAGCCAUGAUGACGCACAAUCUGCAGCCCUGCAUUUCAGCCUGAUUUAUAUACUUUUUAAAUUCCUUCUUGUUGUCGUUUUUGUUGUUCUAAAGAUUGAGUAAUAGUUACAAGCAAUGUCCAUUUUAUUAAUAAAAUUUGUGAAAUGUGA